AUGACUAAGGCGUCCGGUUGCGCGGGUGAGACUGCGAAGUGGUUCACGGUCGUUGGGGCUGCUGCAGGCGGCAUUGGUAUGCUCACUAAGAUGCUGCUGGGCACCGACCAUGUCGGGAAUCACGUCUACCAGCUUGCCCUCCUCUUCUGGAUGGUCAUCACUCUCAUCUCUGAUUUCGGGACGGGCUUUGGGGACUCCUUCAUCGAGAACUCCUGGUCUGGCUUUAUCGCCCACCACCUUUUCCGCGGUGCCAUGAUGCUUUGGUGGGGCCUGGCGCAGCCUUGGUAUGAGAAUUGGUCCUCCAGUAUGCCAGUAGAAACCUGGUUCACUCACGUCGCUUUUGUUGUACUUGUAGUGUGUGCUAUCUGCGUCAUCAUAAUCGGCUCGCUGGCCAUGUGCGGAGUUUGCUAA